AUGGCCUUCCAAGCAGACAUAUCUGCCACAGAGCAACCCAAAGAUCCCAUGAUACUUGCCUCCUACGACGACCUUACCGAUCACGAAAAGCGCAGUUGCGACCCCAUCAUCACCCACAUCCUUACUAUCAACCGGACAGGCAAGGUCCUUGACGAUUCAACUCGCGCAGCCUUCUGGGAAGCCGUCUUCCAUCGCUGGACAACGUCUCCUGCCGCACACAACUACCUCCCUCGCCCUCGUCCUCAACAAGAUAAUGGCACUCCAGUAGCGACCCUUAUCCGCGACGUACCUUCCCAAGAAGGCUCAAAGAAACAUGUCAUCGCCGAGAACGAGCCACCACCUGCAUCCUCAAUUCCAAAAGAGCGUCGCCAAGGUGCGACUGUCUGGCUUCAGCCCCUUCCCAACUUCGUCGCGAACCAGAUCAAAUAUAAGUGGACAGACAGCAACAACAAGAACAUCGGCGGGGCAAAGGCAAUGACACUUACGUAUAAAACGUUGCAAGAGGCUAAAGUUGAGGCGAUCAUCAAACGCGACCAGAAGGAACUCGACAGGGUGGGCCGCCUUAACAUCGACGUCGCCGUCUACUACGCCCGGGAACAGCUCCUCAACCAUCUCAAGCUGAACCGUCGCGACGGAAGUCGAAAGGGCCACAAACGCUGCAAGGCUUGCAAGAUGCGCGAGGUGUCGGGCAUGAAGGAGUUUCAAGAGAUCCGCCUCUGCGGGGACUUUAUUGCGGCUCACCAGGAUCUCUCGGCUGGGUACUUUGCGCACGAGAAGCAGCCUCUUGUCGGCCCAUAUUUCAUGUAG